AUGUCGACAGUUUGCGGUCAAGAUCUUCUCGUGUGGCUUCUCGAGGAAUCCAACAUAGCUUCAUUCGAGAAGCUGGAAGACCUCGUUUCGCAGGAAUUCGACGGUACCCACCAAGCUAGAUACGCCGUCGAAGGCUCCUUUCAGAUUGUGAAACCCGGCUCUCCUGAUCAUGUUGACGACCUCUCGAAGUCAGGAUGCACAGAGCCAAGCUGUGCCCCUGCGACCGAAGAAAGAAUCAUCAAUGGAAAACAAAAUACGUACCGAGUGUUGCUGAAAAGCCAGGGGUCUGAGGCUGCCAGUCUUACCAGCAGCGGCAUGACUCCCGGACUCACGGGAGCAGGCCUAGGCGGAAGCCGUUGCCCUUACCUUGACGGAAUGGCAUGCGGUAACUUAUGGUUCGAGAGGAAGUCACCUGCUCGAGAUCUCUUCUGGGUAGAAUCGUCUAUGCGUGAGCUUCAGAAGCACUCGAAGAGAUCUGAAGAAUCGUUGACGAGCUUCUGGCGACUGGUGCCAGCGAUCCAUAGGCCUCGUAUGCAGGACGUUUUUAACGCCUCUUGGGAAAAGAGCGGAGCAGACCCACCAUUGAGAGUUGGUAUGAGUUUGGAUAAAGCUGCAAUCGAUCCAGAUUACCUGCGCGACAUGGGUCUUAUCCCUACCUAG